AUGCCGCUCAAUCUCACCCCCCGCCCGCCGCUCCCUCCCUUCACCUACCCCUCCCUAUCUCAGCCGCCCCAACCCGCCAUUCGAAACAGCAUUGCAGCCGGCUCAUCCACCUCUGCAUCUCGGCCACCCGCUGACUUCCUCCCCGAGCGCGAUAUGCAGAUGUUCGGCGCACACCCUGUUGGCAGUCGACAGGAACUGGGGAGGGGGCUGGUCAGGUGCCCAGAGUGUGGGAGGUCUACGAUGGAGGCGAGCUUCGGAGAGCAUCAGCGGAACUGCAAGCAUGUCAUUGAGGGCAUUCCGCUGGUUGCGAACAAGAGAGCAACGUCUGGCAAGAGUAUCAAGACGAGUGAGAGCAAGAAGCGGAGGGCGUCGGAUGAUUCGGAAGACGGCCCAUCCCGAAAGAAACCGUCCAAGCAGCCGACCGACCGAUCUAUCAAUGUUCCUCUUGCUGGUGCUAACACCUCCGGCAAGGCUGUAGCUGGCGGAGAUGAGCCUGCAAAGGCUGCCAAGCUGAAGAAGAACGAGAUCAAGAAGAUCAAGAAGGAGCAGGAACGAUUGGAGAAGAAGGAGAUCAAGGACAAGGAGAAGGCAGAGGCAGCGGAGCGAAAACGGAUGCGGGUAUCUGGUCCUAUCAACCUCGACAAGCAGUGCGGUGUGAUCAACGACAAAGGCCACCCGUGUGCGCGAUCCCUCACGUGCAAGACCCAUACUGUUGGGGCUAAACGAGCCGUUCUUGGCCGUACGAGGGGUUACGACGAGCUCUAUCUCGAGUGGCAGCGGAUCAAUAACCCCAAGUUUAAGGAGCCGACAAAGUACGUUCCGGGCAAGAAGGCGGGCGGGACCGGCGCGGUCGGAACAGGCGCUGGAGGGGGAGGCAACAAGGGACACGGGCGGUCCCGAGGGGACGAGGACGAUGGGACGGGUGGGCGCAUGAUGGGAGAGGCGGAAGGGAGGGAGUUGGUACAAUUCACGCGGAUGGCAGGGGAACGGUGUGCCAUCAUCGUCAGAUCGAUAGGGGCGACACCAAGCGGGAACACCGGGCGACUACACUAUCCGGCGCCGGGGUCCUCGGGCGCAAAGGCGAAAGCACAAGCGCAAGCCGCGGCGAGGAAUCGUCAGCGGAACGUCGCGAGUCGGACGUAUGGCGGCGGCGGCGGCAACUUUGGCGGGUCUACCUCAUGGGGCGCGAAUAUUGGUUUUGCGGAUGUCGGGGAUAUGCUUAUCCAAGCGCUAUCCGCCCGGCCGCCUCGGAUCGAGCCGCCCAGGAUGGAACAGCCCCAGCCUAUCCGUAUCACCAUACCAGCUGGAGCGGCGGCGGGCAUUGGCCGGAACGACGACCCCGCGCAGGCUUCAGGGCCACCCAAGAAACGAGCGGGAGGUACCGCCGGGCAGGCGCAAGUACAGCCGGCGCAAGGAUACGGCGGCCCCAUCGGAAAUGGCCAUAUACAGGGACAGGGCAUGCCGCCAGGUACCCCGGCACCGAUCUAUAAUCCUGCGCAGGCGAUGAACGCCCAGGCGAUGAUUGCGGCUGCGGCGGCUGCGGCGCAGAUGGGACUCCAGGGAUUCCAGGGCGGAAUGAUGAAUGGGCAGCAGCAGCAACAACAACAGCAGCAGCAGCAGCAGCAGCAGUAUCAACAGAUGAUGCAGCAGCAACAGCAGCAACAGCAGCAGGGGAUGAUCCAGCAGGGGAUGAUGCAGGCGGGCAUGGCGGGAUAUGGGCAGAGCUAG